AUGACUCCUGAACAAAUUUUGAAAGAUGAUCUUGCUAGAGCUAGCAGAAAUCAUGAGACCCCAAAAUCUGAAAAUCAGAUUGUAGCAAGUGAGUUGGAGCAAUCUCACAACCAGAAUAAAACUGAACCAAGUCUUUCUAAAGAAAUAAAAUUAAAAGGUUCCAGUUUCCUUGCAACUAAAUCUGACAUCUCAACUUUAGAUGUUAGCAAUUUCAUUUGUUACGGUUUGAUAUGCAAAGAAGCAUUGUUUUCAUUCGAGGAUAUUCCAUCUUCUUUGCCUCCGGUGGUGGCUAACCUUUUGCAGGAGUAUACUGACGUCUUUCCAAAGGAUGUACCACCAGGGCUGCCACCAAUUCGAGGUAUUGAGCACCAAAUUGACCUCAUUCCAGGGGCCUCUUUGCCUAAUCGUGCGCCAUACAGAACAAAUCCGGAAGAAACUAAGGAGAUACAACGUCAAGUUCAAGAAUUACUUGAUAAAGGGUAUGUGCGUGAGUCUCUUAGUCCUUGUGCUGUUUCGGUCAUUUUAGUGCCUAAGAAAGAUGGAUCAUGGCGCAUGUGUGUGGAUUGUAGAGCAAUCAAUAAUAUCACCAUCAGAUAUCGUCAUCCUAUUCCUAGGUUAGAUGAUAUGCUUGAUGAAUUAAGUGGUUCUAUGGUGUUUUCAAAAGUUGAUUUGCGUAGUGGGUACCACCAGAUUCGCAUGAAGUUAGGGGAUGAAUGGAAAACGGCAUUCAAAACUAAGUUUGGGUUAUAUGAGUGGUUAGUAAUGCCUUUUGGUUUAACUAAUGCACCUAGCACCUUCAUGAGAUUAAUGAACAAAGUUUUGCUCUCUUUUCUUGGCUAUGUUGUUACUCCGCAGGGCAUUGAAGUUGAUCAGGCCAAGGUUGAGGCAAUCCAGAGUUGGCCAACUCCUACCACGCACAUUCGAAGUCAAGAUAAACUGAAUCGUAGACAUGCAAAGUGGGUCGAAUUCAUUGAGUCUUUUCCUUAUGUUAUCAAACACAAGAGGGGAAAGGAGAAUGUUAUUGCUGAUGCUUUGUCUAGGCGAUAUACCAUGUUGACACAACUUGAUUUCAAAAUAUUUGGAUUAGAGACAAUCAAAGAGCAAUAUGCACAUGAUACUGAUUUUAAAGAUGUGUUGCUGAAUUGUAAAGAGGGAAGAACAUGGAAUAAAUUUGUCCUCCAGGAUGGCUUUGUGUUUAGAGCUAACAAGCUAUGCAUUCCUGCUAGCUCCGUUCGUUUGUUAUUGUUACAGGAAGCGCAUGGAGGUGGACUGAUGGGACAUUUUGGAGUGAAG